AUGUGGAAGCAAUUUACAAGGAAAGCCCCAAUCCUCAAAAUCUUUUUUAUUCUCAAUAUGGCCGUAACUUUUUGGGUCCAGUUUCUCAGAUAUGGAAAGUGCCAACCAGGUCACACCUGCUAUUUCGAGCAAUGUGUUCCACAAGGACUAAGGUUCAAGAGAGAUACUGCUGUCGGACCGUGCAUCGCCGGGUUGUGCCCAUCUGGUUACUUCUGCCACCAACAGGAAUGCUUGAAGCGAUAG